UCCCCCACAAUAGGUCUUACAACUACUAUAUAAAGCCUCCCAACACACUCACCAUCUUCACUCCCAAGCUAUAGAAAUAACAACUCAUUACUUGCGUCAUAUUAUACUACUUUUGUUCACAAUUCUUCUUCAAAGGAAAAUGAGCUGGUCUGGAGGAGAUUGGAUGUGUGGUGUUUGCCAGCACAUAAAUUUCAAGAAGAGGGAAGCAUGCCAGAGUUGUGGAUACCCCAAGUAUGGAGGGCCUGACCCUUCAACCUACAGAUACAACAGAACUGAAGCUUUAGCAGGGGACUGGUUUUGCAACUGUGGAGGUCACAACUAUGCCAGUAGAUCAAGCUGCUAUAGGUGUGGUGCAAUGAAAGAUGAUUACUCUUCAGGAUAUGGCAACAAUUCUGGAGGAUAUGGAUCUGACACUUUCCCCCCAGGAUGGAAGACUGGAGACUGGCUUUGUCCAAGACUUGGAUGUGGAGUGCAUAAUUAUGCUAGCAGGACAGAAUGCUAUAAAUGCAAAAUGCCAAAAGAUUUUGGUGAGAAAAGUGGUGCAGACUGAAAGAAGAAAUUUCAUAAGAGCUACAAUGUCACUGAUUUUUCCCUUGGCGUCUUUCUUCACCUAACCACAUUCUGUCUUGCUUUCCUGUCAAGCUCUGGAUAAAUCAUGGAUGAAGGACCUCUGUUAGAAUCAUAGCAAUGUUUAUUAGGAAGUAAUACGGAUAUCCGGCUGUUAUUGUUUCUUGCUAGAUGUACUGACAAGAAGGUUAUGAAAUCCAUAUGUUUUAGUUUCCAUAUUCGUUACUGAGAUAAUU